AUGGAUUUGUCUUCGAGUAUAGUGGAUUAUCUAAAGAUAAUAGGGGAAACAUUCUUAAAGUUUCAACCUAAUGAUAAAACUUGGAAUCCUGUGCGAGAAAUACUCAAAAACGCUCGUGAUGAAAAUAAUCCAAAGCUAGUUAUUGAAGUUUACAGUUGCAAACAAGUUUUCACACGUUGCCUGAAUAAACAUUCAUCAGCCAACUCAAAUCAUUUUUCAACUCUUUACUGCACAAGUUUAAGCUGUCCAGUUUUGGAUCGAAUCCAGGAGUAUACGGAAGCAUUUACCAAUAUUUUAUUUCAUCCGAAAUUAGAUGAUUAUCUUGUUCGGAAGAAAAACGCUUAUCGUGCUGCGGUUAUUAAAGAUAAGAAACUCAUAGAAGAUUAUAAAAUAGGCGCUACGAUAUUAACAACAACAUUUCUAUCAACCAGUAAGGACCCAACUGUGGCACUUGGAUUUUGUUCGAAUGAUUCUAGCGAUAGUAUAUCAAUUUUUUGCACAUAUAACAUUAAAAAUACUCAACGUCGUUCAGCACUAGAUAUUGAAUCAAUAUCUUUAUAUCCUGAAGAAAAAGAAGUUUUAAUCUUACGCUAUGUUCCAUUUACAAUAACUUCAGUCAAAGAAACAGAAGAUGGUCGAAGAAUUAAAAUUAAUCUCGAUGAAUGCUCAGAUGAAACAUUAGAACUCUAUAGAUCAGAAUUGACCAAUGAGUAUUCAAUUGAAAUGUGUGACUGUGGAAUCGAGCUUGCAUCAACUUCUUUGAAUCGCACUCGAGAUCAGCAAAACACUGGUUGCUGCUGCAAUAAAGAAAUUCAGCUACGGACGAUUUCGGGUUGGAUAAGUGAGCACGAAACGAUUGGAACUCGAACCUCCUCUAGAAGACCAUCGACAUGA